AUGGCCACAAUCACCACGCAGACAAAACCAGAGGACACAAUCUCUUUCAAAAAUGGACACAUCACAGUGGAAGAUAUAAUUCCAAGUCCAGCAGAGCCAGAUAUUCCUCUUCCACCACCAUCAAAAAAUCCUGUCGACAUUCUAGAUGCUGAUAAAGGCACACCGGACAACCAUGUACCUCGCGACCCACGAUUGAUUCGAUUAACGGGUGUACAUCCAUUCAACGUCGAGCCGCCGUUGACCGAUUUAUACAAAGAAGGCUUUCUUACAUCCCCGGAACUAUUCUAUGUGCGAAACCACGGGCCAGUACCCCAAGUCAACGAUGUAGAUAUUCCAAACUGGGAGAUCAGUAUUGAAGGGCUAGUGGAGAAACCCCUAGUCCUCAACUUCCGAGAAGUUCUCCAGAAGUACGACCAGAUCACAGCACCAAUCACACUCGUCUGUGCUGGAAACAGACGAAAAGAACAAAACACUGUCCGCAAGUCGAAAGGCUUCUCAUGGGGUCCAGCGGGUCUGUCGACAGCCUUAUUCACGGGUCCCAUGAUGGCAGAUGUAAUCCGCAGUGCGAAGCCACUCAGAAGUGCAAAGUAUGUUUGUAUGGAGGGUGCUGAUAAACUGCCUAAUGGCUUUUAUGGAACAUCAGUCAAAUUGAACUGGGCGAUGGAUCCGAAUCGAGGAAUCAUGCUGGCCCACAAGAUGAACGGCGAAGAUCUUCGACCUGAUCAUGGUCGGCCUCUGCGGGCAGUUGUACCGGGUCAAAUUGGCGGACGAAGUGUGAAGUGGUUGAAGAAGUUAAUUUUGACGGACGCACCCAGCGAUAACUGGUAUCAUAUCAAUGAUAACCGAGUUCUGCCAACGAUGGUGUCGCCAGAGAUGUCUGCUCAGGACCACAAAUGGUGGACUGAUGACCGAUAUGCCAUUUAUGAUCUCAAUGUCAACUCUGUUGCUGCGUAUCCUCAGCACGAAGAGGAACUUGAUCUCGCAACAGCCGGGCCCACGUAUACGGCCAAAGGAUAUGCGUAUGCUGGUGGAGGGCGGAGAAUAACGAGAGUUGAAAUCUCUCUCGAUAGGGGCAAAUCCUGGCGUCUCUCUGAGAUCGAAUACGCAGAAGACAAAUACCGAAAUUUCGAGGGCAACCUAUUCGGCGGCAAGGUAGACAUGUGGUGGAGAGAAUCAAGUUUCUGCUGGUCCUUCUGGUCUCUAGAGAUCCCAGUCUCGGACCUGGAAGCCAGCGAUGCUAUUCUCGUCCGGGCAGUGGAUGAAGCACUCGCUGCCCAGCCACGGGAUAUGUACUGGUCAGUCUUGGGCAUGAUGAACAAUCCCUGGUUCCGAGUCUCGAUCACAAAAGAAGGGAGCAUUCUCAAAUUCGAACAUCCAACACACCCAGCUAAGGCCGGAGGGUGGAUGGAGAAAGUCAAGAAAUCUGGUGGCGAUUUGCUCAAUGGUAAUUGGGGUGAGAGGGCUCAAGGCGAGGAACCCGUUGCGCCUGAGCCUGUGAAAGAGAUCAAUAUGAAGAAGGACGGCGUGAGCAGGCAGAUUGAUUUGCAGGAGUUGAAGAUGAACAGUACGAGUGAGAAGCCCUGGUUUGUUGUGAAUGGGGAAGUAUACGAUGGCACCGGUUUCCUCGAAGGACAUCCCGGAGGAGCUAUCAGUAUCACAUCUUCCGCUGGUCUGGAUGUAUCGGAAGACUUCCUUGCAAUCCACAGUGAAACCGCCAAGGCAAUGAUGCCUGACUAUCAUAUUGGCACACUAGACAAAGCAUCUCUUGAAGCACUCAAGAAUAACUCAACAUCAGAUUCAAACGAGCCACGCCCAGUAUUCCUCCAAUCCAGAACAUGGACCAAGGCCACACUCAGCGAGAAGAAGAAUGUAUCCUGGGACACGCGGGUCUUCACCUUCGACCUGGAACACGACAAACAAAUCCUCGGUCUACCAAUCGGUCAACAUCUCAUGAUAAAGCUGCCAGAUCCAUCUACCAAGGAAGCAGUCAUCAGAUCCUACACGCCAAUGUCAGACACGAACCUGAUAGGAAAGAUGGAGUUACUCGUGAAGAUCUAUUUCCCAACAGAUACAAUCCCAGGAGGGAAAAUGUCCCUGGCCAUUGAUGCACUCCCCAUCGGUUCUGAAAUCGACUGCAAGGGCCCGACAGGUCGAUUCGAGUACCUCGGCAACGGCCGGGUCGUUAUCAGUGGGAAAGAGCGCCAGCUACGCUCUUUCAAAAUGAUCUGCGGUGGAACGGGUAUCACGCCCGUCUUCCAAGUCCUGCGGGCUGUCAUGCAGGAUAAGGGAGAUCCGACGACGUGUGUUGUUCUUGAUGGGAAUCGUUUGGAAGAGGAUAUCUUGUGUCGAGAGGAUCUUGAUGCUUAUGCUGCGGCUGAUAGUCGCAAGUGUACUGUCGUGCAUACGCUGACCCAGGGCUCUGAUGCCUGGACUGGGCGUCGGGGUCGGAUAUCUGAGGAAUUGCUUUCGGAGUAUGCUGCGCCUCAGGAGCAGAGUAUGGUUUUGAUCUGUGGUCCGGGACCUAUGGAGAAAUCUGCUCGUAAGAUUCUUCUCGAAAAGGGCUGGGCGGAGUCGGAUCUUCAUUUCUUCUAG